AUGGCUGGAAUGCGGUAUACUCCACGGAACGUUGCUUCGUAUCUGAGAAAGGUACGCAAGCCCCUAGUUGAGCGUCAACGACGUGAGAGGAUGAACGCAAGCAUUGACCGUCUCAAGCUCCUUAUCGCGGACACCAUCCGACAACAGGUGUCUCCAAUGACUCGUGUGGACAAGGCGGACAUCCUUGAGCUCACCGUGUUCCAUCUGACACGGCUUCAGCAUCAGCAGAGGGCCGUUCGCGUAGCAACCGAAGCCAAAGACGCCGCCUCAUGCAUAGCCUCCUACCAGACCGGUUUCCGGGACUGCGCACGGGAGGUGGUCACGUACAUAGCUGUAAACGGCGCGUGUGAUCCGGUAGUUACGACCAAUAUGAGCGGAAAUUUGAGGAGCGUAUAUGCGCAGAAGCAGAAUAGCAUUCGGAUUCCACAGGUAAAAAAUAAAGAGCCCUGUACAUAUAGUCAUAAAGGCCAUAACCGACAGGCCGUUUUCAUGUCAACGCCGAGACGAUCGGACGAACGGUUCAGUGGCUUGACGAAUCAAAUCACAAUACCCUCUAUGGGAACUCAAGAUUGCUCGCCGAUCUCGCAGAUGACAAAAGGCCACGAUGCCGCCAUCAUGCAUAAUUCCAGCACUUCCGGUUUGAGUUUGGACAGCAGUGAUUCUGGAUUUUCCAACCUCGACGUAUCCACUGACAGUCAAUCAUUUAUUCGAUGUGAAUCUUUGGGGUCAGAUGGUUGUUUUUCAUUUGACCAAAGUAACGAUGAUGCAGUCGGUCAAGUGUCCAAAGACAAUGUAUGGCGCCCGUAG